AUGGAUUUCAAUCAGCAAAACAGCGAGGGUGAUAAUGCUUCAUUGCCUUUAACAUCAUCGAUUCCAUCAACAUUAGAGUCAAUAUCAACAACUACGUCUCUUAUGCGACCAAAACCAUCGAAUAUUAACGUUGAUUAUUCAGAGAUUCGACCACAGUCAUUUCGAGAACGGUAUAAUCAACAACAAAAACAAAUGAAACAUUACAUUUCAUCUUAUUCAGCAACAACAAAUACAAGUGUAUUAUCGAGUACUACGACAAUAAUGAAAAAAAGUGAAAACCAUCAGAAUUUAUUAAACAGGAUUUUCCAAAUACAAAAACAAGAAGCUCAACCUUUAGGAAUUUGUGUACGUAAAUGUGGUCUUUGUCGACAAUUUAAACAUAUUCUCUUAGCUGAAUGUACUGUAUGUUGUCGAAUGAUGGACGUUGAUCUAAAAGACUGUAAAUGUCGAAUACUUAGAAGCAGAAAUAUUAUUGAUCAAUUGAUUUGUUCUAUAUGUAACAGUGAAUUAACACUCGAUGGGUACAUCAUUUGUGCUAAUAGAACAUGUCAAACAACAUUAUCAACGUUGAUAAAUAAAGAAAGUACUGCUGAAAUUGAAGAAAUAUCUGUUCCGUCUGCCAUUCUUACUGACAUUUAUUAUCCUAAAUCAAUACAUAGAACAGUUGCUAUACAAGUUAAUACAUUGAUCCAUUUACCAUCACUUCAAAGAUUUUUGCCAAAUAUUAUAGAUGAUGUCAACAAGGAAUCAUCAUCAUCAUUAUCAUUGUCUAAAUGUGAUUUAGAUUCGACAAAAGUUACAUCAGCAUAUUCCUCAGACAUGUCCUACAUGAGUAUUGAGAGUAAUAUGAAUGUAUCACUUGAUAAUGUUACAAGAAAUAUGACAGCUGCGUUUAAUUCAAAUCAACCGACGAAAUUAGCUCUGCAAUCUGAAGACAAAUUACGGCAACAGCUGUCACAACUAACGAAUACUAAUGACAAAACAGUAGAUAAUAGUGUAGAAUCUAUUGAAAUGCCGAAAUCACCUCGAUGUUUAGCAAUAAUGAAUGUUCAAAAUCGUCACGAUCGAUUGUCAGCAUUACUUAAACUAAAACAACACAGUGCAUGCCAAACAGAAUUUUCUUGUCUAAUCGAUAUUGAUAAAAUGAUCCGAUGUGAUGAAUUAGCUAAUGUGACUGUCGUACGAACGAAUAGUUCAACUCAAAUUGAACGUCAAAUUCAAGUCGAUACAAUUAAAGAACGCUUUUAUAGCUUAUGUCAAGCACGCGUUGAAAUGAGUAAUCUUCUUGACUCCACAAUAGAUGCAACUAACGAUGAAACAAUCUUAAAAGCACUUAUCGAUAGAGACGGUCAACGAUGGUCUGAAUUCAUUGAUCAUUUGAUAAAUGCAAAAACGAAUUUUUCACUAAUUAACAUUGCGCAACGAUUACUAAAUACUAUUGAACGUUUGCACAGUUCAGGUAGAUUAAAUAAUUUAACAAAUGGCCAAUUACAACGUAAAGUCCGUUAUGCAAUGUCUCAGUUAAAGUGUACUGAUGAAUAUUCAUCUUUACGAAAUGAUUUUAAAUCAACAAAAAUAAAUCGUUCCACUGUAAAAUCAACAGGACAAACCGAUUGUAAUGGUGCUCUAGAUAUGACAGUAACUGUAAGACCUAUUGAUCAGCAUCAUAAUCGUCAACAAUCAGUGAUAUCAUCUCAUCCUAUUUGGAAACCAGAUGUCGAUCGUUUAUUUGACCAAGGUCAUUCAGCUGAUGAAAUUCACCGAUUAAUACACGAAGCAGCAACAUCAACACCAAGCCAAUGCGAUGAUUAUCGUCUACAACAUGUUUUUAAUUAUAUAGAUGCAAAAGCAAAGCAACAACGAGCCAGAACAGCACCAUCAAAAAUAGCUUUUGUUGCAGCCUCACCAAAAACGAAAUCGAUAACACACAAAAUAUUCCAAUCGACUACCUUAUUUCAAACAAUCAAACCAACUGAAAUCGCAGAUGGUGGUAAUACUGGAAUCACGGCAUGUCUUUCAUCUUCAACCGCAGUAAAUGAUUUUUCCUUAAUUAGUGAUAUAACUGGAAAUGAAAUAUCGAGCAACAACUUGCUAUCUGCUGUUAAGAACAACGAUCGGAUGUUUCCAAUCGAAGCAACUAAGAAUAGUUUCAAAUUGUCCGAUAAUUUGCCGCACACUGGCUUAAUUGAAUCAUCUAAUAUUGAAUCGAAUAAAAUUCGAAAAAUAACAACUGAAAAUAAAUUCAUUAUUGAUUUGAGCAAGAAUGAAAAAGAAAACAAUUUACCAAUAAGAAUAUCUUCAAAUCAAGGAUACGUGAAUCUAAUGUCAAAUGUUGAUUCAACUAUUAUGAAGAAACAGCCAUCUUUAACUAAUAUAGGUUAG